CAGCAACCUUAGUUUUUCCCAGGAGGUCUCUCAUUCAGGUACUGACCAGGCUCACUACAGGAAUAACAUUCUUGUUUCGUAUGAAAACUGAAGUGUUUAUGAUUAGUUCUGCUUUGUCUACACUUGAGUACGCUUCGAAAACUGCAUGGAUGGCUACAGCAGAGCUUUUCAGCUAUUCUUUUCACUCACAACUAUGUGUUUUUGCCUGGUGUGGUGACUGCCUGCCUCUUGAAACAACCUGUUUGGCAGGUCCUGAUUUAUUUUUACCUAGCAGGGUUGUAAGUUGCCAGGUUGCCAGGGGACAGUUGUCAAGGUGCUCCGGCUCUCACUCGGGCUGACUCCCCUAACUGCCAACAGGAGUCUCCAAGGAGCCUGGGAACAAAUGAAAACUAAACACCUGUACCCACAGGAGCGUCUUCACUGUCACACAUGAAUAAUGAACUGUCUGAAAGACAGUUCUGGAAAAUGAAUAUGCAAUAAUCAACCCCUGUUUCAAUUUUUUCUAUAAAUAUGUCACAUUGCCUCCCUUAUUUCCAAGGACAGUUGUUUCCACUUCAAAGCGAGAGUGGCUGUUGUUUGGCCCGGUUUUUAACAACUAUUUUAUAGGUUGUGUAAUUUCCUGUGAAUGGACCGGCAUCUCUUACAAUGGAUUUCUAUUACUCUUAGCUGGACAGUCCACAGUGUCUUAAAUUGUUUGUCGUCUCUGUAUCUUGAUUUUUUAAAAGAGUUUUUUAGUUUCACAGCCCUGUAUCUCAGAGAGCGGGUGGAAUCACAUCGAGAAAGGAGAUUGUAACUGUGUGGUAUGACCUCUGUGCUCCCACACAGCUCUCGUUUACAGGUGUGCUGCCUGGAGUCGCACCCACUGAAGGAAACGGACCUACGGCUGUUAACCCCUCCUUCCCUGCUGUUGAAAGGUGCUAGGGAACAUGUCUCAACAGGCCUUGUCUGAAAGCGAUAACAUCUCGGUCAAGUCAAAAGCUUACUUGAUGGUGCCUGCUGCACUAUUCUGAAGUGCAGAGCUGUGUGUUAGAGCGCGUUGGGGAUUAGCUGCUGUUUGCAGCAGGGGAGCACCGAGUCUGCAGCCCUGGGAUGGGAAUGCAGCAUUGAGCCAGUAUGACAUGGCUGUGGAUACCAGCAUCGCUGUUGUCUCAGAGGUUCAGUGGGUGCCAGAGGAGUGCCCCCUAGUGGAGCUGGUGACUGUGGCUUCCGAGCAGGACAGCCUGUGCAGCCAGAUCCUGUUCAGAACUCGCAAAGUGAGACCCGCGCCGGAGGGGUAUAAAGUCAAAGCCUGUCCCACAGGAGUGCAGGGUGGCCAGCCAGCCAGGGAGGUGUUGCUGCAGCUGCUGGGCAAGAGUGAGAUCCAGGCGCUGUGUAAAAGGAUUAACUCGCAAGCUGCGGAGGACAGCCCUGGGCCCACCGCGGAGCAGGGUGGCUGGAAAGCUGUCCAGCCGGCGGACUUCCUGGCCUGGCUGGCCGUCGCCCUGCAGGGCGGUCUUUCUGCGGACCUCCGUGACAGCAGAGUUCACCACUCCUUCCCUGUCAUAGAGAAAUGGCAAGAAAAAUUCCAGAGAGGCCAUUUCCGGGACAUUCUGCAGCAUUUAGGUGGAAAAAAGGAAAAUGAAGAAGAAGCGUGGGAAACCUUUUACAGCUUGCAGGGAAAGAUCUCUAAAAACUUCCAGUCCCUGUACUCACCUGGACAGAAGCUUUGCAUUAAAAAAUAUGCAUUAUCGUGCAGAGGACAGGCAACCGGGACAAACAGUCUCAGACUGGCCCUUCUGUGUGAUCUGGAAAGUGGGUAUAUUUGUAAUUUCUACCUGUACUCUCCUGCUAGGCUUAGUAAACACUCCAAGUGUCCUGUUGUGGAGCAGGUGCUUCACCAUCUCCUCCGGCUCUAUUACAACAAGGGGUACCAGGUGCACAUGGAUGGCUCGGCCAGCACAGAGGGCAGCUUGGCCAAGCACUUCUCCAGCCUGGGCAUACAGCUGCACUUUGUGAGUUUCUGGGCAGGAGAAGAAACGCCAGUCAGGCCCAUCCGUCUCUCUGCCUCUCAGCAGUGGAGCGCCCCCGCUGGCCCUGAGGAGUUUGCAGCUUCGCUCAGCUCUCACCUGAGAGGCUGGACUGGGCCUGUCAUCUUCCCACGCCCCCCUGGCAGCGCGGAGUCUUCGUCAGCAGUGUUCUUGACAGGGUUCUGGCUGGUGGCACACCUGGGGAGCAUCAAUGCCUUUGUUCUCAGUACCCUCCUGUCCCAGGACCACAGCAGUGAAGUCUGCCUGUAUGAUUUUUCUACACGCCUGGCAGCUCAGCUGGCUUGUGAGCACUUUGUGUCCAGUCCACUGUCACCGGCUUCCCUCUCAAGUUCUUCCUGCAAACCACAUUUCACAGAGAUGCCUGCCUUGAGCGGAGAAUGUAACUCUGUGAAUAACAAGAGCGGUCCUGUGACGUGGCCCGAAGAGGCGCAUCCCAGCACGCGGCCAUGUCUGGGCCUCUGCGGCCUGGUCAACUCCGGGAACUCCUGCUACCUGAACGCUGCUCUGCAGUGCCUCUCCAACACCUCCCCCCUGGUGGAGUACCUCCUGUCUGACAGGAACCGCAGCGAUAUACUCAAACUCCAGGGCGAAGUGACCUGCGCUCUGGUCCGGUUCCUCUCAGACGUGUGGUCAUCUCGCCGUGAGAGCUUGACCCCUGUGGAGAUGAGAGCUGUGGUCAGUAACCUUCAUCCCCAGUUCAACAGCCUGACUCAGCAGGACGCACAGGAGCUCCUCCUCUACCUGCUGAACGGGCUGCACGAGGAACUCAAAAACAGAGGGGACAGGAGGCCCGUGAGAGGGGGAGGCAGGAGGAGAGACAGUGGAACAGCCGCCCCUGUGAGGGGCGAGUCCUCCAUCAUCACGCUGCUCUUCGAGGGCCAGCUGCACUACCUGACUCUCUGCAUGUUCUGCGACCAUCAGACCCAGACCAGCCAGGUCUUCACCGUGCUGUCCCUGCCCAUCCCUGCACACGUGUACAAGUGCUCCCUGCAGGACUGCCUCGAGCUGUUCUUCCAGCAGAACACCCUGACGUGUAACAACCGAAUGUUUUGCUCUCAGUGUGGAGUAAAACAAGACACCGCUGUGCUGACCACUCUGGCCAGACCCCCUGAAAUUCUCAUUCUGCACCUCAAGCGUUUUGACUGCCAAGGACUUAAGAAAAAGAAACUGAGGACCAAUGUCUGCUUCUCUCUGGAAAACCUGGACUUGUCUCCGUAUUUGUCCGCCUCCUCGGGGAAGCGCGCACGGUAUUCCCUGUACGGAGUGGUGAACCACAGCGGGGAUCUGGACGUUGGGCACUACACAGCGUGCUGCAGGAACCCUGUCACUCAGAACUGGCACAAGUACGACGAUGCAGUGGUGUCUGAGAUUCCCGACUACUUCAUACAGUCGCCCAAUGCCUAUAUCCUCCUCUACAGCUGCCAGCAAUUCCAGCCGCCCAAUAUUCCAGAGAAUUAAGUGUCUGAUGAACACAAAGGAGAUUUCAAAUGGAACAGACAAUGUCUGUGAUGGAGAGCAGACUGCCACAAUGCACCAAAACACCACACAGGGUAGGUCUGUACCUGAAACAGCACAAAUCAGAUGUUAAAACACUUUUGCAUGUUUUUAGAUGAUGAAUGGUGGGGCCCAGGCUUUAACACAAUACAGUGCUUCUUGCUGCAACAAUGAGGCAUGUUUUAGAGUACACAUGCAGUAUUUCUUGAUACCAUAAAACAGGACACACAUUAAACACAUACAACAAACAACAGAACAUCAGAACCAAACAAAGGGCAUCUUACAUUACUUACUCUCUAAUUUGCCAUCAAAAUGAAAACCAAAAAAAGAAAAAGGGAGAAAUUGAUACCCUAUGAAGACAAGAAAUUAAUCAGUAUUUAUGAUAAAGGAAUUCCCUACCUUAUUUGUGAAUUACAUUAGAGUGCUGUAUAUUAAUGUCUGAAAAGUGUAUUUCCAUUUAUUCUCUGCAUUUAAGUAACUAAAAUUGAAGCAAUUUAAUGUCUAUAAACUGACUCAAAAUUAGUUUUAUCAGUCAAAAGUAUUAAAAGUAUAAAAUGUUCCACCACUUCACAUUUUCUAUGAUCCAGCAUCUGGAAAACUUUUAAAAAGCUACAAUUUAAUACAUUCCCAGAAAACAAAUAAUUCUAAGAGACAAUCCACACAAUCAUGAGAAAAAG